UGCAUCCCCAGUGUCCGUCCCCCAACGCGGUGCAUCCCUCCUUUCCUAGCUCCAUCCUCCGGUCCAUCCCCGGUGUGUCAUUUUCCCCUCCCCGUUCUCCGGUGCCUCUCCCGGUGCAUCCUCAGUGUCCAACCCCCGCCGCGCUUCUCCCCUCCGCCGCCCGCCCCCGCCCCGCCCCGGUGCCAGCCCCGUCGCAGCCUCUCCCCGGCCCCGGUAGCCCCGGCGGCAGCCCCGGUAGCCCCCGGCGCGGCCCGGUGCGGCCCCGCCAUGGCCAAGCAAUACGACGUCUUGUUCCGGUUGCUGCUGUUGGGCGAUUCGGGCGUGGGCAAGACCUGCCUGCUCUGCCGCUUCACCGACAACCAGUUCCACCCCACCCACAUCUCUACCAUCGGCGUCGACUUCAAGAUGAAAACCAUCGAAGUAGAUGGCAUCAAGGUGCGGAUCCAGAUCUGGGACACGGCAGGGCAGGAGCGGUACCAAACCAUCACCAAGCAGUAUUACCGGCGGGCACAGGGCAUCUUCUUGGUCUAUGACAUCAGCAGCGAACGUUCCUACCAGCACAUUGUCAAGUGGGCCAGCGACGUGGAUGAGUAUGCACCUGAUGGCGUCCAGAAAAUCCUCAUUGGGAACAAAGCAGACGAGGAGCACAAGAGGCAAGUGGCCAAAGAGCAAGGGCUGCAGCUGGCCAGGGAGUACGGCAUGGACUUCUACGAGACCAGCGCCUGCAGCAACCUCAACAUCAAAGAGUCCUUCACGCGGCUGACGGAGCUGGUGCUGCAGGCGCAUCGCAAAGAGCUGGAAGGGCUGCGUGCCCCCCCCCGGACCCCUACCCUGGCCCGGCUGGAAGAAAGCGAGCAGCAGCAGCCCCCCCCGAGCAGUGAGGAGAACCCCAAAACCUGCUGGUGUUGAAGGCUGGACCCCCACACACACCACACUAACCCGCGCCCCCAGACCCACACUGCUUUGGGGUGGGCACGGUGGGUGCAGGAUCGGGGCAGCCCCCCCGCAUUGGAGGGGAGGGUGGCAGGGAGUGUCUGGGGGUGACCCCACACACACCCCCUUAGGGGUGGUGGGGACCAAACAGGAGUCACUGGGGUGCCCCACCCUCCACUGGUGUGAGGGGUGGGGGAGGUGUCAUGGGUGCUCUGUGCCCACCCUGUGCCCCCGCUACCCCGUGCCCAUGGAACCCCUCCCCCCCCCCCUUGUUUUACACACAUGGUUUGCAGAAUAAAGGUGA